AGAAGGCAGUGAGUAGGACUUCUCAGGCAGUGGCUGUAUAUGCGUGGCCAUGCGAGAGCAUUUCGAUAGGGAGGGAUGACUCUUUAAACUCUCGGCCGUACCAUGGCAUUUAGGGGCAUUAUGAGUAGUUGACAGAUGCUAGAUAAUCAGUCGUUAUUUAUUUUAAUCGUAAUUACCAUAUCUUAUUGCAAUUUGAAAAGAUCUACAAGAGAAAAAAACAGGUCAUAUGUUAUUAUUUUGGCACGUGUACUUAAUUUCUAGCGCACUUAAAAUCAAACAGGCUUUCUCAAAACUCACUCAAAGAGUUUCUAAUGCAAGCUAGAAAAUAAGCGCAUGUUUGAAAAAUUGUUUAUUGAAAGCAAAGUUGAACAUGAUAAAUAUUCCACUGGUAAUGCCUUUUUGUAACGCCUGCUAGACUAUUGAGAAGCGAAGUAAUCUUAUGAGUUCUAAAGUUUAAUGAACACGAACAAUCACAACAAUAUCUAACUGCUAUUUUUUUAAGCAACUGAAUUGGUGAAGUUUUACUUACGGUUAUGUUCGUUAACACUGAACAUUUUGCCUAUAGAACAGUAGGGAGUAGCUAUCACUUCAAAUCAGUACAUAUAUGUCCUUGUUUUCUUCGAUGACGCCUUUGUAUUUUGUAACAUGUCGUGAAAACAUCCUUGCGUCGCGAUGGCCUACAGUUUAGCAAGGUCUUUUCCGUUGACGGAUGAUGACAAACCGAUUAGUUAAUACGCCUGAAGCUUUUAAAAAGAACAUAUCUUACUUCUUAUGCAGCCGUAAAGCCUGCACUUCUAAAGUACUCUUUUCAACGAAGUGCCAAGUAGUAUGAAAUGGCUGGCAACCUCGGGUGUCAUGACAAAAUAUAGCGCAUAAACGUUUUAGGGUUAUCAUCCACUAACCGCGUCAACAUGGCCAUCUGCAAUACAAACAUAUGAUCCCAUUAAUUUUGUUGACUUACAAAUUUGUCCUUUAUGUCUUCUUGUUGAAGACAAUCGUCCAACGUUCCUAGUUCCUCAGAUGACAAAGAGAACUGCUGACUUGAUAGUCCGCAAUAAUGCGGAUGUUCACACCCACCAGACUUCGGCAGUAGCUGCCUCGUAUUGGGACUCAAAUCUGAAAUUGGCCGAAGACAUAUUCCGCAGUACAGCAUACAGUCUAUCAAAUCUUAAAAAUUAACUCAAUCGGACUCGUGACUUACUUGAUCUCUAACUUACUGCCUACGCGCCUAGAUUCGGACUUUGAGGGAGACGUAUCCGAUUGUGUUCAACCAGGUAAUUAAUAUUAGUACUAAGAUUUGCAUAACGAAAUGAACUUGGAUCGAUGAGUUAGUAAGAAGUUUCAUUCUUAUAAGACAAAUUCGUGUGCUCUUUAUGUACUGUUUGCGGUUUCUAACUACAAGUCCUUUCUGACAACUCCCUUAGUUAUUUCCAAAUAGUGAUUACUCUUCAGAAAAUCGAUUUUUAAGUCGUUCGUAAAUAAUUAUGUAAAUUUUUGCAUUGGUUAGAAUAACCCCGACAAUUUUAAGGUGAGCCUAACUGUGAUGGCUGGUCCUUUUUUAGGCAAAUUGUCUCAAAAGAUCGCAAGCUGCAUUACCAAUUUAAGUAUCGUUCAACUCAAAUAAGAACCUGUCCCCUGGACCUUUGUUUUUCCCCUCUUUUCGUUUAGUCCCUACCUGCAGUUUCUCGGGUCGUCUGGCAACUACUAUCCACACCUAGGUACUUUAGUCUCAUUGUUAUCCCACUGUCAUGAAUUGUAGGAUAUGACAGUCAAAUAUUUUUAAUCAACAUAAUUCCCAUAGCUGGCAGAUGGGUAAAAUAAACCUUAAAAAUCCUUUGUAAUUGCUUAUUUGGGAGUAGAGUUUGCCACAUAAUCCUAAGUUCUCCUUAAAGUUCAACAAGCGUUUGUCGUCACGGGAAAAUAGAUCAAAAUACUUACAAUUAAUGCGGUUCACCGCAGCGCUACAAGUAUUGAUUUGUAGGCUUACGAGAUUCAACCCAGUGUUCAUCUUAGUACCAACGUUCCAGCCAAUGUUUUUCUACAAACUAGGAUGGUUGGAAUUUAAAACUUUAAGUUUUUAGCAAAAGAAAUUUGGUGUAAUGGAAUACAAAAUAUGCACCAGGGUGAAUAAAAUGACAACACUAAGAAGUUUAUAUAAAGGGAAACCGUAUAAUUGUUACAUAAAUAGACAAAAGCAGUGUUGUUUACAGAUACAGUUCAGUUAAAGACUGUCGAAGUAGACUUUGAAGUUGAUUGAACUGAACUAUCGUGGGGAGCGUUGAGGUUAUUGUCUUGGUCGCUGUGAUUUUUAUGAAUUUAAAUCUCAUUUUUAAUGUCAGGGUGAACUCUUAUUUUUAAAGGCAACUCUUGUCUUUAUAAAGAACGGUAGAAAAUCCUACUGCAGAAUCGUCUUGUCAAUUUUAUCUUAUGCUUAUGUGAUACUUAAACCUGUUUUGACGCACCUUUAUCUGAGACUAUGUUAAUUAUGACUGACUAACGAACCAGGAUCACCACUAGCUUCUGUUCUGGAACAUUUCUGAUAACGUUUAAACCAACUGAGUUGCAUGAGCAUUGGGAUCUUAUCUCUGGAGUCUUGAUGAACCGAUACAGUUAUCUUUUAUCCUACUGCUCCUUGCCGUAAAUUGAUGGCCUCCACUUUUUCCACCCAUUACUAAGACAAAAAAUAAUAUGUAGCGUGGAAUUCUAUAAAACAUCUGUGAAACAUAUUCAAGUUCUUUUUUAUGGUUGUGUCAUUAUAAAUGGUUUAUGAAUAAAUAGUUAACUAACUUUGGAAAUAUCCUCAGGUAUAUUUUGUUUCAUUUAGUCGCUGACUAAAUUUUAUUUCAUACACGCCUAGUUCCUUCCGCUGACGGACCUGAAGUAUUUGUACUUUACGAACAACAUGUUUAAGGAAUUUUAUUGUAUAUAUUUUUAGAGGUUUUUAGGGAUUCAAUUACCCGAAACCCAGUAGUUGUGAAUCAGUACAAUCGAUAAUGUUUAAGGAGUACUUAAUUUUCACAAGUAAAAGGAGUGUCUUGGUAUUAUUACUUCCAUAUCAAUGCUUUGUGGAUAAAGCAUGAGGCUCACUGGGUCAUUGUAAACAUUUCAAAAUUAAGUGCAGUGAUUUCUUCCACAACCUCCCAUUCGUCUUUAUUUGUAAUUGUUAUUUGCAAACGGAUGACACUAAUAAGUAUUUAAACUUAUAUUUCACGUCAAUUCAUCGGUUUUUUAAUCUACUUAAAAAUUGUAAUUUGUUUAGUGAAACUGGAUUUAAAUUCAAAGUCUAAGCUGCUACUUAGUUGUUUAAUGAAUAACAUUCUUGUUUUUUGUAGGUUUUUUAACAAAUGCUCGUGCAUACUACCUUCAUUUGAUUGACCACUUCGUUCCAUAUCAGUUUUAUUGUGUCAAUAUUUUUACCAAUUAGAAGUUUCUCACUCUGAAACAUAAAUAAAUGUUUAGUCGCGUCCCUUUAGCUGAUGACUUUAACCAUCUCGCGCUUUGUGCUCGUGCAACUUUAUCUCACCAGGCUGAAAAGAAGAUUCACUCAAUUCUGAAUUGUGGACAACUGUCAUUCAGGAGUAAUUUAGGUAACUCUAAGGAUGAAGUUAUGCAUAUACAGCAGAUUGUUACCAGUAAUAAUGACAGUAUUAAUCCUGGUAUAAUACCUACUAAUAAUGGGAAUAAUACAAUUACUGCUACUACUUCUAACAAUAAUAUCCAAUCAAAUCAAUGUGUAACCGUACGUCACUCAACUAAUUCUAAUGAACGUGUAAAACGUCAUCAUUGUACAGAUUGUUCGAAAUCAUUUCAUCGUGCUAGUGAUCUAGUUAAACAUCGUCGUACUCAUACAGGUGAAAAACCAUUCGCUUGUAUGCAGUGUGGUCGAGCAUUUGCUGAUUCAAGUAGUCUAUCUGCGCAUAAACGAAUACAUACUGGAGAACGUCCAUAUCAUUGCUGUGAUUGUGGCAAAAGUUUUUCCGUAUCAAGUAGUCUUGUAAAACAUAGACGAAUACAUACCGGUGAAAGACCGUAUCGUUGCGAAUUUUGCGGCAGAUCAUUUUCUGAUAAUAGUAGUUAUAGCGCACAUAAAAAACGUAGUCAGCGGUGUACACCUAUUACCAGCACUAACAACAACAAUACAUUUAGUCUUCUUGGUAAUGUUGGAGAUUGCGGAAAAACAAAGUGCGAGGGUUGUGCUUUUCUCGACCCACAUACACAAGCAGUUAUACAUCCUGCAGCGGCGGCCGCAGCUGCCGCUGUAUCUGUUGAACACUUUUUAACGAAUUCAAAUAUUGGUAUGUCUAAAAUAAAUGGUGGUGAAUUUUGUCCAACUUCUUUAAAUUUAACAUUUCCUAAUCCACCGAAUACAAAUACUAUGCCAGCUACAGCAUUAACAUGAAUUACAUAAAAAAUUCUUGCAUUUGACACAAUAAUGUAUAAAUAUAAUUUUAGUAGUACAUAUAUAAUGUUUGCUUUUACUUUACUGAACCUAUUAUAAAUGGAUGCUGUUUUAGUUUACUACGAUAAUCAUUUAUGUUUUAAACUUCCAGUAAUAUCAACACAUAAGUAUUAUUAUUAAAUCUAAUAAGUUUGCUCAUUUUUUUUCUCGGUACCCUCAUUUCAUUUUCCAUAAUUUAUUCUUCAUCCUUUCAAAUUAUGCCCACAUGUUUCUUUCUUUCUGUGUGAAAUUAUUGUAUGAAGGAUAUUUUAUUUGAUAAGAAUUAAAUAUACUACUUACAAAUAAGCAUGUGUAUUUAUAAGUUAGUUUUCAUGUCAGUUUCAUUAUUUAUUAAAGUAUUAUUGCAAUUUUUCUUUGUUACGAUUGUACAUCACCAAACAUUACUCUGGUGUGUAUACAUCUUAUUGUGUUUCUGAUUUUUGAUUUCUACAAGUUCUUAUGCAUAAAUAUUUAUAUGUUGCAUAAGUAUUAUUCCAAAUAUCACUUAUUGUUUUAUCAGUU